GUGUGAAGUGGUUUCGUUUGAGAGGAGAGCACCCUGGAUCGCAGUGGUCUUCUGUUCACACCGUCGCUUUUUUCCCCAAAGGAAGAAGAGAAAUCAGUCUAUUACACAGUUGAUGUCUGUGUAAAAACAAACAAAAGAAAACAAGUUGGUCUGUUAUGUUAAAAAAAAUAAGUUGUCUAAGCGAAUAAAUACAAAACAAAACCAGAGGAUGCUUCCGCUUUGACAAUAAAACGGCCUGAUCACGUCGGUUGAUGUGUUGCCAUGGUGACGCGCGCCGACAAACAGCUAGCGGUGUUUUACAAUACGAAGGAUAAACUAAUAUUUGACUAGAAUGGAUGUUUCUUUUACGGACAGACCUGAGGAGAAAGCUAUGUCCUGGACUGAGAGGCUCAGACUUGUAGCGGUCCUGGAGGACUGCUCAGACCAGCUGUUCUUAGUGGAGCACAGUCUGAAAGUGCAGAAAGUCAGGGCGCAAGGCCAAGCAGGAGCCCGGGAGAUAGCCAGGCUGAAGAAGCUGAAUGGACACUGUCAGGACAUCUCACGUCAGAUUUCAAGCCUGCAUUGGGCGCUGGAGAAGGGACAGAGCUACAGCUCUUUUCUGGAUGAUGUUGAAAAAAAGAAGCAGAAGAAGGAGUGUGACAACAUGAUAAGAAAUGCAAAGAGAGAGCUGGAGGAGAGAGCACAAACUCUACAAAGACAAAAAGAAGAGCUUCAAGAGAAAAAUUGGAUACUGAAGGACUUGUAUCAUCUUGCAACACACCUGAAGUGUCAGCAGAAAGAGCAGUCAUUAGAGAUUGCCUACAGGAAGAAGACUGUGGAGAAAAUUAUGGAGAUGCAGCACCAGCUAGAGAUCAACCGGGCUGAGCAGCUGCUGGAGGAGCAGCUGGAGCUGUUGCAGAAACAGCUGAAGGAGGAGUCAAGAGUCCAUGAGGAGUCCAGGAAAUAUCUGCAAAAUCAACAUGAGGAGGUGCAGCAGAAACUGGAAGAGUGGCAGCAGCGGACACAGCAAAUGCUGCAGGAGAAAAAGCAGCAGCUCAACAAUGUGUGCUGCCAAAAAACAGUAAACCUGGACAAAGUGUCUGAGAUGAGGAGGAAGUUCAGGGAGAUGGAGCAGGUGGUGAUGGACGACAGGGAGGAGCAGGAGAAACUGCGGCAACAGCAGGCAGAGGCCCGAGCUGCCACCAAGCUGCAGGCCUGGUGGAGAGGCUGCAUGGUCCGCAGAGGCCUUGGUGCAUUUAAAACACCAGACAAAAGCAAGAAAGGAAAAAAGAAAGAAGGAAAGAAGGAGAAAAAAAAGAAAGAAGGAAAGAAGGAGAAGAAGAUGAAGAAGAAAUGA